CGGGCACAGAGGGAAGCUCGCAGCAGCCGCUGGGUAGGAGCCAACCUUUGGUGCUCAAGCCGCAGGGAGAUUCACUCAACAGGGAGAUGAAGAACCAGCAGCCCAGAGAGGUGCAGUAAGUCACGUAGGAUCGCUUCGUGGAGGAACAAGAGCAAGACCCCAGACCUGGAUUCUUCUAGACAAGGCAGCCUUUCUGCAGCUGGAAGGAGUCGACCAUGGAUUUCAGACGUGUGAAGGAGUAUAUUGCAUGGAUCUACUAUCAAUACCAAAUCAUUAGCUGCUGCUCUGUCUUGGAGCCCUGGGAGCAAUCUAUGGUCAAUACCAUCUUACUAACCAUUUUUGCUAUGGUGGUGUACACUGCCUAUGUCUUUAUCCCAGUCCACAUUCGCCUGGCUUGGCAGUUCUUCUCCAAAAUAUGUGGAUUGCACAAUACAAUUUCCAAUUGAUCUUGUUUGCAUCCUGUGAAUUGGCAUUGCAUAUUUAUAUGUUGCUUACAAUUUACUGAUUUGGGCAAAUACUGUGUCUUCUUUCACUGUCAGACUUGAAAAGCUCUCUUUUCUCUAUGCAUCCUUGUGUCGCAGCCUGGAGUACCUUACCUCACAUGCCAGAUUCUCUUAACUCACAUCGAUCACUUCAGAUUCUUUUUUAAAUAAACACAAUUUCCUAUAAACAUUUCUGGGAUACCAAAUCAUAAGAUACCUGCCAGAAUUAUAUUUAAAGUGUUCCCUUAAUACCUAUACUAUAUCAAAUGAUAUAUAUAUAUUUUUAAAUCUCCUGAAGCUACUGUCAGAAAUAUCCUAUUCUUUUUUACAAUGUGUACAAAAAAUAAGAAUACAUUAUAUGGGCCCCUCAAAGUCUUAUUUUCCAGUGAAGUGCUGAUGCCUAAAACUAUUUGAUCUCAAAUGAAAAAGAAUGAGCUAAAGGCAAUUAUCUCCUCUGAAAUAUGGUUCAUUAUUGUUUCAAAGGUCUUUAAAAGCCUGAUUACAAUUACCUAAAAUCAAACGUGUUAAUUUUGGUAUCAUAAAAGUGUUCUAAUACAAGACAACGCACAGUGUAAGAAAAAAAUAUAAGGAAAGUAAAUUUAGCUAGCGUAACUUGUGGUGACGAUGCUGGGGGAGAAAAAGAAAUCGCUUUCUUUUUGUGCUUUCACUCAGUGGAGGGCGGGGGAGAAAGCAGGCACUGGGCCACAGGAAGCGAAGCUACCAAUCAGCUGGAAGUUCGAUUCUACCAGCAGGAGCUCCACAGCUCCAGUUAAAGGUUGUAAUAUAGUAGCUCGCGGGCAGAGCAGAAGCAAGAUUUAUUAAAUUUCCUUCGAAGUUUUGGUCUUAAAAACAAAUAUAAGUAUUAAUCGUCUUGCUGAAUCAAAUGUGAAUGCCAAAGACCAAGCUUUGCCAUUUUUCUUUCCUCAAAAAAAUAUUAAUGAUAAUAAUUCAGGAGAGUAAAACUGCAAAUCGUUUGGAGACAAUAUUGCACUCUUGUUUAUGCUAUGAAAAAAAUUUCUGAAGGGAGUUAUAGAAAAAGAUGCUUGGCAUGCCAAAUUAAUUCUAUUGUUUGUUUGAAAAACAAAGACGUGUUUUGAAGAGAGAUCAGAUCAGAACAUGUACUUGUUGAUUUUUGCAAAAUAAAAUUAAGUUUAAAUUUA